AUGAAUUGGACACUACCUAUCAUCGUUUUCGUGUUAAGCAAUCUCUGGGGACUCUAUAGUGGAGUCCCAUAUACGGCAAUUCAACCAUCUCGUUCACUUUUUGAUCGUACAAUCGGGUCUUUUUAUCUUGCCACUACCGUCCGCGCAAUCGGGGAGACAGCAGAGUACUUCGGGGAAACAGGGAGCCAUCUCCCCGUCGGAACAGAAUGGACAACGUGCAAUAUCCCAAUCAAUUCAAACGCUACUCCAACGAUGCCUCCGGUAGGAAUUGAUCCAAAUGCCACAGUGAACCCUCGUGCCCUGCCCUUAAGAUGCUGCCCUGCACCCGGCAAUUGGAUUGAUCGUCUAAUCAGUUGGCUAAGACAGAAUACCCUGCCCACAAGAGAGCGCUCUGCACCCAGAAAUUGGAUUGAUCGUCUAACCAGUUGGCUGAGACAGAAUCAAAAAAGGGACAACCCACAUGGUGCGGGUAGCGGUGACACAAAAUUAGUUAUCGUAGUCAUAGCCGGUGCCAUACUUUUCGUCGCUCUUGCUGAGACCAAUCGGGGACAGGGAAUCAUCCGAGAGGGAAUUGCAGAUCUCAUACAGAAACAAAGGAACGACAUGGAUGACGUUCAGGUUGUACUUGAGGAUGUAUUGCGUAUGUCUCGUGCUAUUCGAGGCGCGACCGCAAAUAUACAACGCGUGGCCCACGGCGAGCUCCAGCCAAUACACGAAGAACUUCGAGGCCUUCGAGAGCUCCCCGGGGCAUUCGGUCAACUUUUCCACACGUUAAGUGAAGGUAUUCAUUCAGAGUUCGCUGGAAUCUCGGCAAACGUGGAAAGAUUGAUGCACGAUGAAUGCAGCAAGAUCAACAAUCGCCUAGAUACGAUACAGGCGGAGCUGAGACGAGCCUCGGCACAGGAAGGAAUGCCUGUCCAGCAACACGCACGAAUGUCUGAAGUUGCAGAAUAUACAGAAAAUGUCAAAUUUUGGAAGGAAACCUGGACCGAAGUCAAGGAAGAGGUUAAACGAACGGCAGAAGGGUUCAAAAGUAAUAUGAACGACAUGCGGCUGAAUGUAACAGAGCUGCAGGCGAUCAUCGAUUCACUUCACCGGCAAUUCUCGAGACUGCCGGAGACGAUGGCACACGAACUGGCCAAAAAUUUCAAUGCCGCAUUGAAGAAGCAUGAGUUCAAAACCAGAAGUGAAAUCGCGGAACCCAAUGGUUCUAAACGAUCCAAUUCGAUGCCAUCAAAUAUCCCCCGAGAUGAAAAGAUCAUAGAUAACUAUUGGAACGAAGAGUGUAUACUCGAUUCUUUGGAUGUUAUAGAUCCGGAGGUUGAUGCCCUUGAGCCACAGAAUCUAGCAAAUAGGGAAUUUGAAUCAGACCAUGCAGAGUCAGAGCACCAAAAGGCCGAGAUAUUGAGCUUCGACCACGGCGGUUCACAGAUGGAGCAAGGAGUGGAGGGUCAAGCAUCUAAUGGGAAUUGA